ACUUAUGUGACGAAACCUAUAAAAUCUUUUUUUAUUAAAGUUACUUCGUGAUAAAAGAUUGGCACGGCUAAAAUUCGAUGCAGACAGGUCCUUCACUUCGACGAUUUCUUGUUUCAGGAGCUUUGACCCUUUGAAAAUUCACGCCGGGCUAGUUGCAGAAAAUCCCUGAUUCCAUUUCGGAACCUCAGCGCAAAUGAUUUUCCAAAAUAAUACGGAGAAAGAGGGGGAGAGGGAGAAUUCAUGCUGAAUUAACCUGAAUGAGAGAGAGAGAGAGAGAGAAAGAGAGGGAGGAGGGUGAUGUCUCAUUGAAUUUUCCUUGGUUCUUUCGGGGUAUGAAAAGAAAACCCUAGAGUGGGAGAGUGAUGGAUCCGGAGCAGACCUUCAUUCGCGUGCAGGAACGGUUUUCGCAGAUGCUGACGCCGAGAGUCCGAGCUUCUCUCGAGUAUAUCUAUCUCUUCAUAGCUAUCACUUUGUUCUGUAUUCUCGUUGUCAUGCACGCCAAUUACGUUCAACAGCCUGGAUGUUCAAGUGAGCUGUCUGGUGUUGAAACAACAGAAGCGCAACUUAUUCAAAUUAAGAUAACAAGUGCUGGUCUUUGGUCACAGAAUGAAUCUGGAUCUAAUGUGAUAGAUAUUCCUGAAAAGGGUAGUCUGGCUGAAAAUUUUGAAGUUCGAAAUGCAGAUGGUGAUGAAUUGACAUUCUUGGCUGCAAAGUUUUGGUUGAAUUGGAUUGGUUCAGGUGCCAGGAGGGGCAAAUUGGUAUUUAAAUUGUGGAAAACUGAUAAUGAAGUUCUUGAGUCCCAAGCAGAGAGCUCUAUCAGUGGCAAAAGCUCUAAGUCAGCAGUUGAUGAAGCAGUUGUUAAAAUUGAUAAAGAGGAGCUGCGGACUGCUUUCCCUAUAUUGGCCAAGAAAUCUUUUAAAGCAGCAAUUUUCCAUUUUUUCAGCAAGUGGUAUAAGCGAUUAAUGUUUUUCUGGAGACAUGCAAAGCAGAUCUUUAGUAGUUUCCAGAAGUUGUGGAAUAUUGCAGGCAUACGCUUGAAUUUUGAUAUUCCAAAGUGGUUGCGCAUACUCCACUUGGAUAGACUUAACUCAUUUGCAGUGCAGUGGCUUGAAAAAAGGAGCAAAGCAUUUGAACCAACUUAUUUAUACACCAUGGAAAAGGGGUAUUUCUUGCUUCCGGAAGGAGCUAAGUCUCGACAUAACAUUCGGACUGUUAACAUCAGCAUUUCAGCUCGGCAUUCUUGCUUUGGGAACAGGUGGCAGCAACUUCUCAUAAACAGAUUUGUGGGAUAUGAUACAAUCUUGAUGAAUAGUUUGCUGAAUUCUCCUGGUCAAGGUUAUCUUUAUAAUUAUCAAACAAAGGAGUUCUAUAAUCUUAGUUAUGCACAUGAGCCACCAGAAGUGUUGAGAUUUGGAGAUUACCUUGUGACGAAGUGUGGUGUGCUCAUGAUGUCGCUGUUCGUUUUUUUCACAACCACAAUGUCGGUUUCAUUUACAUUGAGAGAGACUCAGACUCGCAUGCUCAAGUUCACAGUGCAGCUUCAACAUCAUGCUCGCCAUAGGCUUCCAACUUUCCAGCUGAUCUUUGUGCACGUGAUUGAAUCACUUGUCUUUGUACCAAUUAUGAUCGGUAUUCUGUUUUUCCUGUUUGAGUUUUAUGAUGAUCAACUUCUGGCUUUUAUGGUCUUAAUUCUUGUUUGGCUGUGCGAACUAUUUACGCUGAUCAGUGUUCGGACGCCAAUAUCAAUGAAGUUCUUUCCUCGCUUCUUUCUGCUCUACUUCCUGGUUUUUCACAUCUAUUUCUUUUCCUAUGCUUAUGGCUUUUCAUACUUGGCUCUCUCUACAACUGCGGCAUUUAUGCAACACCUCAUUCUAUACUUCUGGAACCGUUUUGAGGUCCCAGCUCUUCAGAGGUUUAUGCAAAACCGGCGGUCGCAGCUUCAGCAGCACCCUGACUUCCACAUAACCUCUUCUACCAUACUAGCGUCAACUUUACACAUCACAAGGUUAAACAAUAGAAAUCCUGGUCCUCUUAAUACAGAUCUGACCGCUGGGCCUGCUGCGUUGAGACCUGGAUCCAAUUUAGAAGUGCCAGGAAAUGGUGCUGCUGAAGUUACUGAGCCACAGGAACAAUCAGAAAACUACAACCCAAAUAGAGCUGGAAACCCGCGUCAGAUCCCGGGACGACCUGGCAUACAGCAGCCUGAAACUGAUCCCAACCCUGGGACUAUGAAUUCGUUCAGUUCCCUGUUGCUAUGGAUCUUGGGAGGGGCGUCUUCUGAAGGCCUAAACUCAUUUCUUUCCAUAUUUAGGGAUGUAAGAGAUCAGGGACAAGUUUAUGCAGAAUCUCCUGGACAAGAAAACCGGGAUAAUCAGGCUAUCUGAUAGUGGAGGAACAUCAAUAUACAAAUUGAGUUUUGUUUGUUUUUCUGUUGGUUGGGUAGCACUAAAUCUUCGUGUAUGUUAUGGUCGUCUGAGUAUAGUUGUAUAGAAAUGAAAUAUGUGAAUACUUUGGAUAUACUCUCUUCAUCUGCCCACGGUGGGAAGAAGAGGAAUAGAGAAAAUCAAGAGGGAAACAACUAAGAGGAAAAUAAUGAAACAAUUCUUAAAAUGGGGUAGAAUUAACGUUUGAGAGUGGAUAUUGUACUUCAGAUUUGAAUUUGGGUAGAUUUGAAUAAAUUUUAAUAUGAUUUUGUAUUACAACUUUUUCAAAUUCUAUAUAAAUCCAAAUCCAAGGUGUCUUCAAA